AUGCCUGGAUUCUACCCAGUCACCGUCACCUACCUCUCCCUCUUCUAUACACGCUUCGAGUUCGGCAGACGACUCUCGUUCUUCUAUGGCCAGGCAGCAGUUGGUGGUGCGCUUGGGGGCCUUAUAAGCUAUCUAGUGUUCUCACACUUCGGAAAUGACGAUGGAGGUUCAGACAAAGAUUGGAGGCCGUGGCAGGUGCUCUUUCUAUUGGAAGGCACUCUCACUAUCGUGGUGGCAUUCAUCGGAUACUUCUGGCUACCACACAGCGUGGAGACGGCAUGGUUCCUCACACCUGAAGAGCGUCGAUAUGCAUCUUCGCGUGUGGUGAGAGACAGAGACAUACAGAACGCACCGGCAACAGUCCAAGAAGAUGAUCGAGAGGCGGAAGAGACCUACGAUGAGGAGUCGCGCGGUCUUCUCGACUCAUCCAAGCACUCGAUCACCUCAGCCACGCCAUCGCGACAGCUGGUGGACGAUCGCGGCCUGAGCCCUCACGACGUCCUUUCAUCAGUGUUCAACACGAAGAUAUGGCACAUCCUCGCCUGUAACGUUCUAUCUGCCAUUCCAGUCUAUGCCUUCUCCGUCUUCCUACCACUCGUACUAGCACCUCUGACGAAGAAGGCGAAUCCUGCGCUCAUCAAUUUGCUCACUGCUCCGCCACACAUCUGCGGAGCCAUAGUACUGUACUUCGCAGCUAGCUACAGCGACAAACAUCGUAUACGCCUCAAACCUAUACUGCUUGGCUUAUUCAUCAUGGUGGCCGGGUUGGUAAUCGUGGUUCUGCUACCAACCUCUUGGGCAAUACCUCGCUACAUUGCCCUCAACAUCCUCCUCUCUGGUACCUACGUCGCCUCCCCACUCACUGUAGCCUGGAUAUCUGGCAACACACCGUCACCUGGUAAGCGCGCAUUGCUUCUCGGUAUCAAUGGAUGGGGCAAUCUCGCUGGAGUCAUCUCAGCCAUCCUUUUCCGACCAAAAUAUGCUGCGGGCGGCUACAUUGUUCCAUUUUGGUGGACGCUUGCGUCCGUCGCAUUAGCGGCGAUUGGCUACGUGCUAUUCCUGCGGCGCUUAAAGGUCGAGAACGAGACGCGACAGAACAUUUUGCGCAAGUGGAGCGAGGACGAUGUCGAAGCAGAAAGACUUCAUGGAAAAGGUCCGCUGCCGCAGCGGCAACGAUGGCUCAAGAGAGUGGUCGGUAUGGCGAAGUCGCAGAGUAAGCUCGCGUCGCUCGCGGAUUGGCUCGAGAGGGCUGCGCGGUCUGGCAGGGAGGGUGACGAUAGGCUCACGUUCGUCUAUGGAUUGUGA